AUGUCAGCAAUCCACUGGCCCGGGGGCAUUCCCCGCGAGAUCAAACAUCAUCCCAAAGCAGAUCUAUCUCAAGACGAGCUCAGGGAAAAAGUCAAAGGCUGGCUACUUUUCGUCCAAGAAAGCUGGGUUCCACGCGACCGGGCCAAUACCAGCAACGACGACAAGGAUCGUUCCAAGAUCGCGCCUCGGGCAAUGAGCUUGAAUACCCCCCCUGAGGCGUUAGAACAUGUGUCCGAUGCACAGCAGCCUUGUGAAACGAGACAUAUUAUCUCCAUUGCACCCAUUGAUGAGUCGCAUCCCGUGAACCGAGCGCGAUGGAUCAAACUCGCGAUUCUGUUUUAUCGCUACGAUAUUGAAUCGGGACACUGUCUCCCCUUCGACAACGUCGUCCCCACAGCGGCGGUCCUGAAUCCAGAAACUACCAGUACUUGUUCAGUUGAAGAUUUCCUUCCCUGGUAUUGCCUUGAGAAUGCCUACUUUCCAGGUAUCCUAAUGGACCGCACUGGAACGGUAAUCUAUCGUCCUCAUGAACGAUACUUUUUGAUAGUUGAUGAGGAGGGAUUGAAGACCGGUCGUUUCGCAGUCGUCGAUUUUAACAGUGAUGGGACAAUCAAGAACUCGGUUCCUCUGCGUCCUUUCAAUAUGUAUCAUUUCGCAAACGAUCUCUUUUUACAUGGGAGAGCAGGUGUGCAAGAGAUACGUGAAAGACCAGGUGGUCACGGACAUCAGAACCGAUCUGGUGGAAAUAGAAUGGAUAUAGAUCUACCAAUUGUUGAUAUUCUUGUAUCAGUGGCUGAACCGAACGGUCCACCCGCUCCGCAUACGAUAUUCUGCGACCGUGAACAGUUCGAGAAAGACAUUGAAUUCUAUGCGCCUGGAUAUCUGGCCCUUGAAGCGGCUGGUAAAGGCGGGGAGUAUGAUUUCAGGCGCCUAACGGAGCCCGACGAUAUUCCUUUCGAUAGGAAGCCUGCAUAUCAGAGAAUGAUGGCGGAUCUCAUGGCUGGUGGGCGUCCCCCUUUCUGA